AUGCACACCACCAGCUUCCUCACUUUCUUCGGCCUUGCCGUCGGCACACUCGCCGCCCCCGCCCCGCAAAUCCCUGCGGACCAGGCCUCCGACAACAUCCUGCCGAUGGAAGUUUACAAUCUUUGGUGGACAACCAAGAAUGCUAUUCACUUCUUCGUGAUGGACCGCAACACCAACACCACCGCGACUUGCGAGGCGGCCGAUGUGCAAGCACAGCAGCGCUACGACUGCGACACGAACGCCAGAUUUUUCUUCAACGACGACAACUCUGUGCUCGAUAUUGAGUGGACCUGGGGCAAAGAUAUCACGGGUAGCGGAACGGUUGAGACACCGCUCGAAAUCUGGACUUGUGUCAAUGCCACCGCACAAUUCGAGGCCGGUUGUUUGGCUGGCCCAUUGGACGUUCCUUUCAAGAUCGUCUCCUGA